GAGGCGGCUCGGAGCCCGGCCCGCCGCCCGCGCCUCAGACACCCGGCCGCGGCUCGCCGACCUUCCGCGACCGCCGCCCCGCGCCCCUGCCCGGGGGAGUGGGCCUCGGCGCCCCUCUCAGUCCCCGCGACCUCUCGCGCUAGCUCGGGGGACGCGGGGGACUCCGGGGUCCCCCGCCCCACGCCGCCUCGGCUCCUGGCUUGUUUCUCCGGGCUGCCCCCCACCCCCAGCCUCUCCCCCGCCAACCCCCACAUUGUCACAUUCCGGCGCGAAGUGAGCUUCCCGGAUCAGCAGGAUGUACCCCCAGGGAAGGCACCCGGCCCCACUUCAGUCCGGCCAGCCCUUCAAGUUCUCGAUCUUGGAGAUAUGCGACCGCAUCAAAGAGGAAUUCCAGUUCCUGCAGGCUCAGUACCACAGCCUCAAGCUGGAAUGUGAGAAGUUGGCCAGUGAGAAGACUGAAAUGCAGCGACAUUAUGUCAUGUACUAUGAGAUGUCCUAUGGGCUCAACGUUGAAAUGCAUAAGCAGGCCGAGAUUGUGAAGCGCCUCAGUGGCAUCUGCGCUCAGAUUAUCCCGUUCCUCACCCAGGAGCAUCAACAGCAGGUGCUACAGGCCAUGGAGCGUGCCAAGCAGGUGACUGUGGGGGAGCUGAACAGCCUCAUUGGGCAGCAGCAGCUCCAGCCGCUGUCCCACCACGCCCCCCCUGUGCCCCUCACCCCUCGCCCAUCUGGGCUGGUGGGUGGCAGUGCCACGGGGCUGCUGGCCCUGUCCGGAGCACUGGCCGCCCAGGCUCAGCUGGCCGCGGCUGCCAAGGAGGACCGGGCAGGUGUGGAGGCCGAGGGGUCCAGAGCAGUGGAGAGAGCCCCAAGCAGGAGUGCAUCCCCCUCGCCCCCUGAAAGUGUGGUGGAAGAGGAGCAGCCAGGUGGCCCAGGUGGCAAUGGGAAACAGCAAGCUGAGGAAAAAGAUCUGUCAGGACCUUAUGAGAGCGACGAGGACAAGAGUGAUUACAACCUGGUGGUGGAUGAGGACCAGCCUUCAGAGCCCCCCAGCCCAACUUCCACCCCGUGUGGAAAGGCGCCCAUCUGUGUCCCUGCCCGUCGGGACCUUGUGGAAAGUCCAGCCUCCUUGGCCUCCAGCCUCAGCUCACCGCUCCCCAGAGCCAAGGAGCUCGUCCUGAAUGAUCUUCCGGCCAGCACCCCUGCCUCCAAGUCCUGCGACUCCUCCCCGCCCCAGGAUGCAUCCACCCCGGGGCCCAGCUCGGUCAGCCACCUCCGCCAGCUCACUGCCAAGCCAACGCCUUCCACAGACAGUAUUGCCCUGAGGAGCCCCCUGACCCUGUCCAGUCCCUUCACCGCGUCUUUCAGCCUGGGUUCCCACAGCGCACUUAAUGGGGACCUCUCUGUGCCCAGCUCCUACGUCAGCCUCCACCUGUCCCCCCAGGUCAGCGGCUCUGUGGUAUAUGGACGCUCCCCCAUGAUGGCAUUUGAGUCUCACCCACAUCUCCGAGGGUCGUCCAUCUCCUCCUCCCUGCCCACCAUCCCUGGGGGAAAGCCGGCCUACUCCUUCCACGUGUCUGCGGACGGGCAGAUGCAGCCUGUGCCCUUCCCAUCGGAUGCACUGGUGGGCGCCGGCAUCCCACGGCAUGCGCGGCAGCUGCACACGCUGGCUCACGGCGAGGUGGUCUGCGCAGUCACCAUCAGUGGCUCCACGCAGCACGUGUACACGGGAGGCAAGGGCUGCGUGAAGGUGUGGGAUGUCGGCCAGCCUGGCGCCAAGACACCAGUGGCCCAGCUGGACUGCCUGAAUCGGGACAAUUAUAUUCGUUCUUGCAAGCUACUGCCAGAUGGCCGGAGCCUUAUUGUGGGCGGUGAGGCCAGCACCUUGUCCAUUUGGGACCUGGCAGCGCCGACCCCCCGCAUCAAGGCCGAGCUGACCUCUUCAGCCCCCGCCUGCUACGCCCUGGCUGUCAGCCCCGACGCCAAGGUCUGCUUCUCCUGCUGCAGUGACGGCAACAUCGUGGUCUGGGACCUGCAGAACCAGACCAUGGUUAGGCAGUUCCAGGGCCACACGGAUGGUGCCAGCUGUAUUGACAUUUCUGACUAUGGCACUCGGCUCUGGACAGGGGGCCUGGACAACACCGUGCGCUGCUGGGACCUGCGGGAGGGCCGCCAGCUGCAGCAGCAUGACUUCAGCUCCCAGAUUUUUUCCCUGGGCCACUGCCCCAACCAGGACUGGCUGGCCGUCGGCAUGGAGAGCAGUAAUGUUGAGAUCUUGCACGUCCGCAAGCCGGAGAAGUACCAGCUGCACCUCCAUGAGAGCUGUGUGCUGUCCCUGAAAUUCGCCUCCUGCGGGCGGUGGUUCGUGAGCACCGGGAAGGACAACCUGCUCAAUGCCUGGAGGACGCCCUAUGGAGCCAGCAUUUUCCAGCCAACAGGCCACGCUGGCUCACAGCCUGUGUCCCUUCUCAUUGUGGUGAACGAUGACAAAGUCUGGGAGCGUCACCGUCUCUAACUGCACAGUUUGGUGGUAUUAAAUAUUCACGCUGUCGUGCCACACCCUGUCAGCACCUACCCUCCUCCUUCCAUCUCCGUGGCUCUGACUCCUCCGGGGCCUCCUAGGACUGGGACCCCACGGUGUUUGCCCUUUUGUGUCUGGGCUCUCACCGAGUGGAAUGUCCUCAAGGUUCAUCUGUUUCGUAGUAGGUGUCAAAACUUCCUUCCUUUUUAAAGCUGAAAAGCCCCGGCUGGGCAGCGUAAUUGGUUAGAGCAUUGUCCCGGUACACCAAGGUUGUGUGUUCAGUCCCCGGCAGGGCACACAUGAGUCAACCAAUGAAUGCAUAAGUAAGUGGAACAGCAAAUCGAUGUUUCUCUCUCCCUUCCUCCCUCCCUCCCUCUCUCUCAAAUCAGUAAAUUUUAAAAAGUUAUUAAGGCCGAAUAACACUCCAUUGUAUGAACAGACCACACAUGACCCAUUCAUCUGUGGACGGUCACUCAGUGGUUCCCACCUUUUGGCCGCUGCGAGUCACGCUGCUGCGCACCUCCACACACGUGUUUCCGCGUGGGCGCGUUUUCACUUCUCCCGGGCGUCUGUCUGGGAGUGGAGCCGCCGAUAACAAUUCAGUCUUCGUGGGAACUGCCAGGCCAUUCUCCAAAUUUUCCAUUCCCAUCAGCAGCACAGGAGGGUUCAAAAUUCUCCUCAUCCUCAGCAACACUUACUAUUGUGUUGUGUUUAUUGUAGUCAUCCCAGUGGGCGCGGAGUGGUUUUCACAUUUUAAAGGAUUGUUGAAAUAAGAAUGUGAGGCUGAUUUAUUUGCCCUCUGGACUUGUUUUCUGUCCUCAUCAUGGACAUGCCCACUGAGUUUAGAGAGGGGGAAGGGGCGAAAGGGAGAGGGGGAGAGACACUGAUCGGCUGCUUCCCGCACACACCUCGGCUGUGGACCAAACCCGCAACCGAGGUGUGUGCCGGGAAUCACACCUGCGACCCCUCCACCCACGGGAUGGCACUCCAGCCGACGGAGCCACACCGGCCAGGGCUGGCCUCUGGGCGUACUGGCUGAUGACUGACUGACCUGUUUUGCCAUGUAUAAUGUAGUCCCGUGCAUAAGGCACACCCACGUUUUU